AGGAAACCUACGAAAGGGCAAAACAUUAUUUUCGUGGCGAGGGAGCGAGAGAGGGAGAGACGUUUAAGAUUGAUGAACAGAGAAGAUUUCGAAACAAAUCACAUUGAAAAGGCGUUUACUUCCAACGUUACCCCUUCUUCUCUUCCCAAUUCUCAUGAGGGUUUUUCUUUUUGCUGUUUCUCCUCUUCGCCUUUUCUCUGUUUAGCUUCGCACCUGAAUUCUAACAUACCCCUUUCUCUGUGUGUCUUUUCGCACUGAUUCACUUCUGAAAACCUGUGAAUUUUGGUGGGUUUUUGUUGUUUUGUCGUUCUGAUUCUGUAAUUCGCAUAAUUUCUCCGAGAGAAGAGAGAGAUGGAGGAGGGCGGUAAUCUGUUGCAGUGGAGUGUGGUCAGAUCUCUGUUAGCGAUUUUCCAAUGGUGGGGUUUCAACGUCACCGUUAUCAUCAUGAACAAAUGGAUCUUCCAGAAACUGGAUUUCAAGUUCCCAUUAUCUGUAUCGUGUGUUCACUUCAUAUGUUCAUCCAUUGGAGCAUACCUUGUGAUCAAAGUGCUAAAGCUUAAACCUUUAAUCGUGGUUGAUCCCGAAGAUCGGUGGAAGAGAAUUUUCCCAAUGUCCUUCGUGUUCUGUGUAAACAUAGUACUGGGAAACGUCAGCCUUCGUUACAUUCCGGUUUCUUUCAUGCAGACAAUAAAAUCAUUCACUCCUGCAACCACAGUUGUGUUACAGUGGCUGGUCUGGAGGAAAUACUUCGACUGGCGCAUCUGGGCAUCGCUGGUUCCCAUCGUCGGAGGGAUCCUUUUGACCUCUGUUACCGAGCUUAGUUUUAACAUCUUCGGAUUCUCUGCUGCCUUGUUUGGAUGCCUGGCUACUUCUACAAAGACCAUUCUGGCUGAAUCUCUUCUCCAUGGAUACAAGUUUGAUAGUAUAAACACAGUGUACUACAUGGCACCAUUUGCCACCAUGAUUCUCGGGGCACCGGCUUUUUUGCUCGAAGGAAGUGGAAUAGUGGAUUGGUUUCAAACGCACCCAUCUCCUUCUUCGGCCCUCAUUAUCAUUUUCAGCUCGGGAGUGUUGGCUUUCUUUCUCAACUUCUCCAUCUUCUAUGUCAUUCACUCCACGACGGCGGUCACAUUCAAUGUGGCCGGAAACUUGAAGGUGGCAGUGGCUGUUCUAGUGUCAUGGUUGAUAUUCCGUAACCCGAUAUCGGGAAUGAAUGCAGUCGGAUGCGGAAUCACGCUCGUCGGUUGCACGUUUUACGGAUAUGUAAGGCACAUGCUUUCCCAGCAACCACCGGGAACCCCUCGGACUCCUCGUACUCCGAGGAACAAGAUGGAAUUACUCCCUCUUGUCACUGAUAAAGUUGAAGGUAAAGACUGAUAAUAGAUGCAUUACAAAGAACACACACAUGGGGGGAUAUGGUGCAUUUGAUCAUCCUUAUCUACCCAGAAGAAAAAGAAGAACAAGAAAUUUCAAGUUAUGGUAUUUUAUUCAUCCUCAGAUUAUAGAGAAAUAGUACAUUUUCUUUUUGGGUUUGUGCUUAUAGCAGAUGAAUGUUUCUCCAGUAUAUUCCUUCAGAGGCUGAAAACAAUACAUAAAUCUAACAGUUUUGCAUUAAAAAUAAAAAUCUGGAACCAUGAGAUCUAUAUAUCUCUGGUGUAUCUA